UUCAUUCUUUGAACUUUGAACUAACAGCAGCAGAGAUCUGAUUAGUCCCAGUUGAACGUUGACCUCUUUUCGUCUCUGUAUUUCGCAACACUCAUGCCAUCGGGAGGAGAGCUCUGCUGAAUACUCGCUCAGUUUCACGACUGAAACAAGGAAAAGGGAGCACACUGAUUUGGACGGCAGGGCAGAUUUUGUUGCUGCAGAAGGGAAAUACUUUCACGUGAGGCAGGAAUGAAGAGAGCUGUAUUAUAUCUGAUCACUGUCUAUGGCUCAGUGCCUGUCAUUCUCUUCCUGUUCCCCUGGAUACUGGGACAUGUCAUAUAUUCUCACUUGUUGAGAUUUCCAUUCUUUGUGGAUCUUAGCAGACCUGAAGCUGUGCUGAACCACACAUGCAACUUCUACCUCAACACAGAGGAGGGUGUCUCAGUGGGUGUCUGGCAUACGCUCCCUGCCAACCAAUGGGAGAAGGCCGCAGGGAAAAGCCCCGAGUGGUACUGGGAGACUCUUGGAGAUGGCCGACCUGUUAUUAUCUAUCUCCAUGGCAACACAGGGACCAGGGCCAUAAAUCACAGAGUGCAGCUGGUGAAGGUUUUAAGCGCUGCAGGGUAUCAUGUCUUGUCUUUUGACUACAGAGGUUUUGGAGACUCCACUGGGGAGCCAAGUGAGGCUGGACUGACCAGUGACGCCCUCUACCUGUACAAGUGGGUGAAGAAGCAAACCAGAGGGGGUCUUAUCUGUCUGUGGGGACACUCGCUUGGCAGCGGGGUGGCAACCAAUACUGCAGUGAAAGUACAAGAGCAAGGGUCUGCUGUUGAUGCUUUAAUCCUUGAAGCUCCUUACACAACAAUUGGAGAAGUCGUAGCCAACCAUCGGCUCGCUAAGAUAUACACGUUCCUUCCAGGAUUUGAGAGCUUGCUUUGGGACAUAUUGGAAAUGAACAACAUUGUAUUUGCUAAUGAUAAAAAUUUAAAGGUGCUGACCAGUCCGCUCCUCAUUCUGCAUUCAGAGAGCGACAAUGUGGUUCCACAUCACAUGGGCCUGAAGCUGUACGAGAUAUCGCUCCAGACUAAAAAACAAUAUAACACAGAUGCACAGGUUGAAAUGAUCUCCUACGGUGCAAAUCUUGGAAUGUCCCACAGCAGCAUCUACUUAGAUCCCAAUCUGUCGACUGUGGUUGGGAAAUUUCUACAAAACCUGAGACAUUAGACCGGACAUCCCUCCUUCUACCGAGUGGGUGUCUCAUCUUUUAGUGUUGAUUUGUAGAUUUUGUGAAAAAAAAAGGCAAAAGAUUCCAUCAUACAGUUUUAUUUUUGUCACAAAAUGUUUGUAAAAACUGAAAUAAAAGCACUAAACACGCAAGUUAUGUUACACAAAGUUUUUAUUUCAACACAGGGACAAAAUACUGAAGAUGUCUAAUGAAGUAGGUUUGACUAGUUAUGUUGAUGCAGACCCAUGUAAAUCUGCCUGGAGUACAGACAGGCUUUGUCACUCAGUACAUACAGCUGAAAGUUGCAGGAAUGUCAUUAAAAAUUGAGUGUAGUCAGCUGCUCUGUUGCUGCCAUCCUACUGAAUUCCUGACAUGCAGAAACCCCCACCAGAUCCUGAACUCCAGGAAUGUCAAAUAUGAACAAAUUAUUAGCAAGUUUGACCUCCGAGCUCUCCACGCUCACCCUCGGUUUACUGUAUGUGCCGGUGCUAAAGGACUGUAACAGACCAUUUCUAAUGCAAGUGCUUGGACAAUAAAAAGUGUUCAGGAAAUGAAAACAUGUGCAGACGUGAUUUCUGAAACACCCAAAGUUCUUGAAAAAGUUCAUUACUGUGUAAUUUGAUGGCUAAAAGCAGGACGGGAAAGGAGCAGUAAGUGAUUUGUAAACACAGAGGCAGCUCUUGGUGCCUCAGAUUUUCUUCAGAGCUCUGGCCGUUUCUUCGAUGGCCUCUCUCGGCUCAUUCGGGGGCGGGAUCUUCAGGUCGGUCGGCUCGACGCCCCACACCUCAGUGGCGUACUCUGUGAUGGUUCUGUCGCUGGAGAACUUUCCUGUGGCAGCGAUGUUCUUGAUCACCAUCUUCGUCCACUCCUUUGGAUUCUUU